AAGAGAUAGAAGUGGAGAAUAAUUACAGAAUCUGACUAAGUGUGCAAAUUAGUGAAGUACUUCGUCUUGUUUAAUAUCCUUAAUUAAUUAAAAAUUUUUUUUAGAUUAUUGGCCCAAAUAUUUUGUAUGCUAGAUGAGUCUUUUAUAUAUACUAUAGCAUAGGGUUUUAAGUUGACUACUAUGGUUCGAAAAAAAUUUCUGUUUUUUGGGCUGUAAAAUUUACAUGCAUAUUACUAAAAUGGAUGAAAAAUUGUUAAAUGAUUUACUUGAAUGUUCAGUUUGUCUGGAACGCUUGGACACUUCUAGUAAAGUUUUACCAUGCCAACAUACAUUCUGCAAAAAGUGUUUAGAUGAAAUAAUAGCUACACAUAAAGAGCUUCGAUGUCCAGAAUGUCGUACAUUAGUUGAAUGUCGUAUUGACGAGCUUCCUCCUAAUGUUUUGCUUAUGCGAAUAUUAGAAGGUAUGAAAAGUAAGAGUAAUACUAUAUCACCUCCAAAGAAGCCAACUAUUGACAAUUCUGAUGUUAGACCUCAUAAAACGUCUAAACAGAUGCCAUAUCAACGUAAUAUGUUUGCUAGAGCAUUAUAUGAUUAUUCUUCAAAAGAACCUGGGGAUUUAAGCUUCAAAAAAGGGGAUAUGAUUAUACUGCGCCAUAAAGUAGAUUCUAAUUGGUAUCAAGGAGAAGCAAAUGGAGUGAUUGGUAUAUUUCCUUUAUCAUAUGUGCAGGUCUUCCCAACAUCUCUCCCUAGUCAUAUACCACAGUGUAAAGCAUUAUAUGAUUUUAAAAUGAACAAAGAAGAUGAUGAGGGCUGUUUAUCAUUUUCAAAAGGUGAUGUUAUUACUGUUCUGAGACGAAUUGAUCAAAAUUGGGCAGAAGGUAAAAUUAGCAAUAGAAUUGGAAUAUUUCCAUUAUCGUUUGUUGAUUUAAACCAAAUUGCUAGAGCUCUUAUGAAAUUGUCAGUAAAUUCUCAACCUACUCAAAAUCGAACGGCACCGCCUACUCCUGAUGAAACCACCUCAUUAUUAUCUACUGAUAUAUUAAUAGCAAAUCAACCUAGCAAUGUAAAAAAGCAUACUAUUAAUGAAAUAAAAAGUGUGACAACUGUUUCAAAACUUACAAAUGACACUUCAUCAUCAUCAUCUACAACUACAACAUCACCAAAUACUACGCCAUCAGAUACUACAUCUAGUUCCCCUAGCCAAUCUCCUUCCCAUCAUACACCAAUUGAAUCUAUUAGACCAUUAACAACAUCACUUUUAGAACUACCAAAACGACAUAGCUAUACAAAUGGUGAUGGUCCAGUGUCACAAGGCCAUAUAUCACAAAAUAUCAAAAGAUUUUCGGCGGAAAUUCUUUCACAAGAUGACAUUUCUGUACUAUCUGGUCCUAGUUCUAAUAUAGAAGUUCAAUCAAGUUUGAUUACUAACGGGAUGAAGGAUUCUAAACUUCAUCGUCAUGGAAGCCUUAGAAAUCAUUCAAGAUCAAUAGUAUCACAAAAUCAUAGGUCAAAAAUACCUGUUCAUUUACCAGCAAAACACGUUGCAUUAUAUCCAUAUAAACCUCAAAAAGCAGAUGAACUUGAAUUAAAACGUGGACAAUUAUAUAUGGUCACAGAAUGUUGUCAAGAUGGUUGGUAUAAAGGAACAUCAUUAAAAACUAGUUGUUCUGGAGUAUUUCCUGGAAACUAUGUUACUCCUGCAAAAAUAUCUGUGCGAUUAGUAGGCAAUAAAUCUAAUAACAGUUCUACUUCCACUCAAAAUCAAAAAGAGAAUCAUACAGCUCUUAAAGAACUUUCAAGUGAUUGCAAUUUUCAAAGUGAUGUGGAUGAUAAUCUACCUUUGUAUCCACCGCCAGAAUUACCACCUCGUAGUAGUAGUCCAUCUGUUCAUAGCCGUAUUACUAGUUGGUUAUCUGAAAUGCCUACAUCUUCACGUGCUUGUUCUUCAGCUCAACAAAGUUUAAGACCAGUGUAUUCAAAUGAGGGUAUAAAAACUAAAAUUUUAUUGAAAAAUAUUUUGCGUAUUUAUAAUAUGUUAUUAUAUUUAGUUGAUAAAGAAACAGUAAAUUCUGAAAUUGGAAUAGCUGCUAGCACUGCUUCGCCAUCUCAUUUAAUUAAUUCAGACAAUUUAAACCAAAAACGAACAAGAAAAAAAGGUUUUCUUACAAAUUCAGUUAUGCGAAGUUUUUCAAAUAUGAAGAUAAGAAAGUCUCCUCCCCCUAUGUAUUCAAUGGAUAAUCCAGUAUUUGAUGAUAAUAUCACAGUCUCAUCACAAUCUACACAUGCUAGAUCUGACUCAUGUCCAUCAAAAUUAUUGAAUAUAGAUGUUUUACAAAGAACCCAUGAUCAAACGCCAUUAAAAAUCCGAAGUAAUAUUAAUAUUAAGAGUGAAACACAUUCAAAUGGAUCCUCAGUUUUAAUUCAUCAUAGAAAAUCUCAAAGUUUAGAUACAAGUAAUAAUAGUGUUAUAAAAGAUGUUAAGACACAAGACAAAAAAAUGAAACAGACUUCUAGAACCCAAGAAAAUAUGUGUAAGUGUAUAGUAGCUUAUCCUCCAAAUAGUGAAUAUGAACUAGAACUUAGAGUUGGAGAUAUAUUGUAUGUGCAUAAAAUUAGACAAGAUGGAUGGUACAGAGGAACAUUAUUAAGAACUGGAAAAAGUGGUCUAUUUCCAUCAAGCUUUGUUGAAAAAAUUUAAUUUUGUUAUCAUAUAUUUUCAUUUAUUACUAUUUCAAUAAUUUAAAAGUAAGUUUAGGUUACUCUUUUAUACGAAAUAGUACAUCUUCAAAUUAACUUAACCAAAUUUCAUUAUUAUUAAAUUAUAGUUCUCUUUGAAACAAGACAAAAUAUUUAAUAUAACAAUUAAAUUAACUAUAAAUGGGUUAAUUCAAUUAAGUUAUAAGUCAAAUAUUAAUAAUGAUUCUGUAUAUUUAUCUUGUAUUUAUGGAUUAAUUCUAGAUAAUUUAACUGUAAUUUAUGAAUUGUGCAAUUGAAAUAAAUUUAAAUUAAUUGAUUUAUUUUUUUUUUUAAUAAGAUGGAUAGUUAUUUAUAUAUUAUAUUAAUAUCUUAAUAGCUACAAAAUGGUUUUGUCAAUAUUUAAUUUUCAUUUCUAGUAUAACUCAAAGUGGUUUUGAAAGUACUGGAGUGCUUAGUGGUUAUUUUAUAAUUAAAUGAAUGUCUAAAUAUUUGAUGAUAUGGGAAUAUGUCCAAAUAUUUCUAAUAUUCUACAAUUUAAUAUUCAUACUAUUAUAUUUAGGGCUUAUUGAAUAAAAAUAAAUUGAUGUUUGAUUAUUGUUUUGAUUUGUCAACAUAAGAUUUAUCUGAAUUUGAUAACUUAUUUAUUAAAAAAAUAAAAUAAAUUUAAAACAAGCAAAAAAUAAUU